CGAGUGAUCGGACUUCGAUUUCUGAUCACAAGACUUGUCUGAUACCAGAUUCUUCCUUUCUUCUCUUCACGCGUGCAGAGAAAUGUUGCGAGCUUCAUAGAACUGCUGAAGUUGAGGGCGAGCGCCUUGCACUGGGACUGCUAAAUGGGAUUUCGUCACAUCGAUCGAAUGAUGCUCGUCUCUCUUGGACAAGAUUCUGGUACUUGCAUGUGUGUGUGGAAAGUGGGAGCCGCUCAUUCAACAUCUGAGGUCUUGAUAUCGAAGGGUUAUGGGCCCUGCAGGCAUUGUCACUGAUGCGAGGAGGAGGCCUUCAUCCAAGAUUCGUACUGUGUCUUAUGAUAAGCUUACAGACCAGUUUGCAAGACAGGAAUGAAAUCUAGGUACUGGGCUCAGCAGCAGUGGCGUAUACAUUGUGGCACCCGGUUAGUUUGAAGGUGAUUCGAAGGAAUUUCAGCUUAAGUUGACAUUGAAGUGUUGUCGUGGAACACUGCAAGCAUGUCGGAGAUGAUCAGGAAGAUUACAUGCAGUCCUGCCAGUAGCAGCACUGGGAAAACGAAUCUGGACAGAGUUUAUCGGGGAAUGAGAGAACUGGAGUAUAGUCCGACCGAGAUCAGGAAGUUCUCUGAGUCCUUCAGCAAAGUUGGUCUUGUAGCUGUGCAUCUAUCUUCCUACGACCGAUGGGAGAAGCUUCGCAUGAGGAUAAGUCCGGACCUGGCGCUAAAUCGGUCGGAGCUGGAAGAAGCUGAGCUGCGAGCAUCAAACGCAACAACCACAGAAGAAAUUUCUCUCGUGGAUCUCACAGUCGGAACGUGUUAUCCAGGCCGAGCAGUGUGCGGAACCUUGUGCGUGGAGCCUUUCAGCAGCGUGAAGAUCUUUACGACAUCGAAAGCAAGCGCCACGGUCAUCAACAGCCUGCUCGAAGACAAGUUUGGAAGAGUUGUGAGAGUGAUGAUUAAUAUCGGCACACCUGAUACUUUCACAAACUCUGCACAAAUUGCCCGAGCUGCCUCGUUGUAUCAGAGGGGAUCUCUGAUCGACGUGCACAGCCCAGUCCUCAAAAGGUGUGGUUGGGACAAGGGCUUGGUGAUGUAUGUCGAUAACCCAGAGAAGGUCCAUUUGGUGACCGAUCGUCGUUUGCCAGCUGCCUUGACAAGCAAAACUGCAGAUCACAAACUGAACGAAGCGAUUGCUCUUUUCAAUGCAAUGGAUUGGUUCAAAGCGGCUCAGGUCUACACGCAAUGCAUCGGCCGAUGUGGGCAGCAGAGGGAGAUAUGGCGCAGUCCAGGCGAAAUUCACAGUGGGCAGGCAGUGCAGGCCCCUGCUGAGGAUGUCCUGUGGCUUGCCUACUCCGGCAGAUGUGCCACUUGGUUGCAGUUGAAGAAUUACACCAAGGCACUGGCAGAUGCCAACAAAGCUCUGGAGCUGGAAUGCAAGCUCAAGAAUCACUCGGUAGAAGACUGCAUUUCGAAAAUCCACUUCAUGAAAGGCACGGCUCUCUUCGGUCUCGAGCGAUUCCAAGAGGCCGCUCAAGUUUUCCAAAUCGCCCUUCUCUUCAACCCUCGAGACAAGUCGGUCCAGCGUGCUCUGGAAAGGAGCAAACUCUGCCACGAGCUGGAAUCCGUCCUGCCGAGCGUGGCGAACAUUCAACUCUCUUCCGAGGAUUUCCAGAGCGCUCGCCAGCAGUGCCAUAAUGGAGAUCUCGAUCUGUCGGAAUACUUCCUCAGCGGAGAAUCAGUAUCCCCUCCGAUCUCCUCGUGCUACGUGGGUCCUGUGGAGAUACAAACUCGGGAAGGAGCAGGGCGAGGCUUGUUUCUCACAGAAUCCGUGGUAGCCGGCCAAUUGCUGAUCGUCAGCCAAGCGCUGGCUUUGGUAACCAAUAAGCCGAAGUCCAUCUCUUCGUACAAGAGUGUCCUCACCAUCAUCGGUCAAGACCUGGAGUCCUCUGCCCGACGAGAAAUGACGCUGGACAUUCAAGAGGACCUUGUCACUCAGCUCGCAUGCAACAUGCUCUCCACGACGAGAGUACUCCCCCAAGUUUACAGCUUCAGCGACGGCCGCUCUGAUCAGAGCAAAAUCAUUCCAAACAUGAAUAUCUUCUUUCCCGAUCCACCGUUUUGCGAUGAGACUGCCGACGGAUCGAACGAUGAGCUUUCGGACCUUGAUAACGUGAACAUCAGAAUUCUGAGGGAAAUCGUUGCAGAAAAUGCAAUCUGCGACAGUGACAGGGAGGGAAAUGGCCGAAGCUGGGGAGUGUGGUCUCUGCCAUCGUUCAUAAACCACUCGUGCCAUCCCAACUCGCAUAAGAUCAGAAUAGGAGACUACUUGCUCAUCUUCGCAUCGCGGGACAUGUGCGUGGGAACGGAGAUUACGCUUCCGUAUUUCGAUGUGUUCCAAUGUGCAGAAGGGCGGCUGGAAGAGUGCGUGACCUUGGGAUUCGUGUGCAGGUGUAGACGCUGCUUGUUCGAACAGAUUCUGCCGUGCUGCUUCAGCAAUCUGCAAAGGAAGGUUGUCGAGCUUCUGGAGAUAACCAUAUUGGAAGACGAUGAUCUUAGCCCCAGCUCUCUCGACAAGCCUCCAUCGCUGUUGCGUUUAGCUCGUCUAGCUGAGGCGCUGGAGCAGGAGAUGGCGUCUAACCAGUUCACCGAGGAGGCGAGGAACUGGAUAAGGGCGUCGAUUGUGGAUCCUUAUCUCGCCUGCUCCCGAUUGAGCAACGACGAUCUCCGAGAGCUACAUCCCUCCAGUCCAGGCAUCAGGAGAGCAGAUCGCAUGGCCUUGCUCGUGGAUGCCUUCACUGCUGUGAAUGCUGGGCACGAGCUGGGACGGAGGUUUUCGGCUCAUUUGCUGCAUGAGGUUGGCCAUGAGUUCGGCUGGGGCAGUCCGGAGCACGUCAAGCAAGAAGUCAGAGUGAUGAAAAUCUUCCGGGCUUACUACGGCAUCACCGAUCCAGGAAUCCUCAGGCAGCUCAUCGCGAAGGUCAGACAGGACCUCUGAGGCAUUUCGGUUUGUGAAGAACUUCUGUGUACAUACUAUGAAGCUCAUGAAAGUUCAGACUAGUGAAUGGACUCCGUUUGUGCUCUUAAUUCGAGUGCUCGAGUUUCGGGAUUGCCGCCAUUGGGCAAAACAUAAAGCAUACCUCGUAAGUGCUGUUUGCAGCAAGUGACUGCGCCAUGGCUCACUCGACAUGCUGAUGUGGCGUAGCGAUCGUACUCUGAGAGAUUGAAGCAUCUGCAUGCACGUCGAAGUUUCAGCAAGGGACUGUAUGGUGACUGCUUGUCGUCUGUGGAUCGCCAAUGAAUAUUCUUAAACAACUCUCUUACGAGUUAAAGCCGAAUUAAAAAUAAAUGAGAAGUUCUGCGAACGUAUGUGCAUGAUUCCUAUUGGUGGAACUAAUGUACCCCUUUAGUUUUUCAAGGUUGG